UCGUAAAAAUUGAGCGAGGUGAGUAAGUAGGGAGAGAUCUGUUCAUCGACGGGCUCCGCAGCCGAACAAUCAGGGCUAAGUUGCGAAAGCAAUUUUCCCCCAUCACUCAUACACUGCAACAAGUUAUGGCUGUUGCGGAAGAAAUGGAACGGAAGUUCGUGGCGAACUUCCUGGAAGGAGAAGACUACCCUAGAGACGGAGAUUCGACUGAGCUCGCUCGAGCAAGAGCAGAGCUGGCCGCUUUACAGAACAAAUGUGAAAACAUGGGGUUUGUAUCAGGACCUGUCACCUAUAUGGAACAGAUAGGCCCGAAACGAGUAAUCCUAAGUGAGACUCCGAGCAUCUCUGCUCCUAUGAUGCCCCCGCCCGUCAGGGCAUUACCCCCGCCGCCGGUUGAGGCUCCUAUACGAUCAAACGAAUCAGCGGCCAUUUUCGAACUAACCAAAACUUUGAUUAGUUUGAUCCAAGAAAGUAAAAAGGACCAGCAAGAGCACAAUGCUCGGCUGGAAGCCAUGAUGAGGAACAUGCGACCCAUUACGUGGGUUCGGUGUCCGAUGGGGAUUUGCAAUGCGCCUGCCACGUUUCAGCGAGCGAUGAACAUGACGUUCCAGAACUUCGUCAACAAGACACGACUGACGCAAGGAAUGAUUAACUUCUGCGUGAUCGUGUACAUGGACGACAUCCUUGUCUAUUCGAAAACCUAUCACGGACACGCGCAACACAUCGAAUGGACAUUGGGUGCAUUAAGAGACGCUGGGUUCAAGAUUGCGCUUGAGAAGAGCGAAUUUUUCCUCUUGGAAAUCUCGUUCUUGGGCUAUGUUUUGACACGUGGAGGAUUGCGGCCAGAUUCGAGAAAAGUUGCGGCGGUGAAGGAAGCUCCGAUUCCUACGUCACUGAYGCAGCAACAAUACCUGGAUCCCCGGACAGCUCCCGAUCCUUCCUUCUUCAGGCAUCCUACGGCGGAGCAGCUUGCGGCCAUUCGAGAAGAAGAGGAGGAGGAAGAGAGUACCGGGAGUGACGAAGACGACGACGGACUGGAAGAAGGCGGGAACAGCGACGAAGAGUUCGGGGAAGAAGACGAAACCCCCGAAGAAGGAAGCUAUAGCGAGCAUAGCGAGGGGGAACAGAGCGAAGAAGAAGAAGAAAGCGAGGAAGAAGAAGAGGAGCAUGACGAAGAGCCUGCUGGAUCGGAGUGGGAAGCCGUGCCAGAAGAAGCGCUGCGUACGGGUACGGGGGCUGAGGAUCCCGAGGCGGCCCGCAAAAGAGAAGAGAUCGAGGCCGGGAAGGAGUUGGAAUUCGCAAGCGCGGCGAGUCUGCGCACCCACGACGACCCAAGCUGGGAUCCGGAGCCGCCCUGGCCUGAAGAUGGCGACUUCACAGCCACGACUCCGACCCCAUCAGCGCGGCGACGAAGCCGAUCCCCCUCCUCCUCAACCCGUCCCCCAAUUCGCCGACGUACCGAUACGGGCGAUCGGCCUUCGUCCCCGAUCACUCUCUCGUCGUCCCCUUGACUACCUCACCCUCCGCCAGCUCACCACUCCCAUUACGUUCUCCUCCAAUCCGUUUCCCCGCGACACC